ACAAAUAUGGGCAGGCACUAGCUAGCUAGGCUGCAAAGAGCCAAAGACUGCCGGCACCGCUGCUAGCUUGCUAGCAUACUUCCCCUACACGCGCGCGCAACCGCAAGCAGUCGAUCGUCGCAUGGCGCCAGGAGGCAGCGGCGAGCGGUGGAGCCUGGCCGGCGCGACAGCGCUGGUCACCGGUGGCAGCAAGGGGAUCGGGCAAGCCGUCGUGGAGGAGCUGGCCAGGCUCGGCGCGCGCGUGCACACGUGCGCCCGCAGCGCGGCGGACCUGGAGGAGUGCCGCCGGCGGUGGGCCGAGAAGGGGCUCCGCGUCACCGUCUCCGUGUGCGACGUCGCCGUGCGCGCCGACCGGGAGAGGCUCGUCCUGGACACGGUCAGCGCGGCCUUCGACGGCAAGCUCGAUAUCCUGGUCAACAACGCUGCGCUGCUGCUGCUCAAGCCGGCGGCGGAGUGGGCGGCGGAGGACUACGCGCGGAUCAUGGCGACCAACCUGGAGUCGUGCUUGCACAUCUCCCAGCUCGCGCACCCGCUGCUCCUCAACGCCUCCGUCGCCGGAGGGGCGAGCAUCGUCAACGUCUCCUCCAUCGCCAGCGUCCUUGGCUUCCCGCAGGAAGUUAUGUACAGCGUCACCAAAGGAGGACUGAAUCAGAUGACGAGAAGUCUAGCUGUGGAGUGGGCCUGCGAUAGGAUCCGUGUGAACUGCGUCGCGCCGGGCGUGAUCAUGACGGACAUGGGUAAAGAGCUACCGGCGGCGUUGGUGGAGCAGGAGCGGUCACGCAUCCCGCUGCGGCGGACCGGCGAGCCGGAGGAGGUGGCGUCCCUGGUGUCGUUCCUCUGCAUGCCGGCGGCGUCCUACGUCACCGGGCAGGUCAUCUUCGUCGACGGCGGCCGGACCAUUAGUGGCGCCUGAUCGACGACGACGGCCAGCUAUAUAUUCUCUAUUCUACUGUAUUUGAAUUUGUUUUCGUUCUUGAUCGGCCAUGUAUCACCGUCAGACGUCAGCGGCAAUAAUCCGGCCGCCGUCAGCUAGCGCCAUGCAAGCUGCCCGAUCAUGCAAGGUGCAGACACUGUCGUUGCCUGCAGUUCUGUUCCUUUUUCUACUAUGGUUUCUUGUAUUCACUGCCCACUGGUGAUGUUUCUGUGAUAACGACUUCGACAGAGGGGAUACAUUUU